AUGCAGCACACCGUAAUACACCUAUAAAUACAAAAAUUCUCUCUCUCAAAUAUCUUUAAAAAAAAUAAAGAAAAAAUUGUUUGGUCUAGCGUUGAAUCCGAUGGUAAUUUAGGGCUAUAAGAAUGAUCCGAUUUACUUGAUUUCUAGUUAUGCUUCUUUGAAAUCCGAGGAAUUCAAUCAUCUUCAUUCAUUAUUUUGUGUUUUUGUGUGGAGGAGUGAGUUGGAUUGGAUCGCCGAGUUAUUGGAAUUAGGGAUUUGGUUGUUUUGGGGGAAAUCGAAGGGCAUCGCAUCGAUAUACGAUGCAUUCGGUGACGCCUAGUGGUGUGUUGGAUGUGUUGUUGAGUUUACCUCAUGCUGCUUCUUUUUAUGGUGUUUUGUGUUCUCAUCGUCUGAAACGUCGGCGUAGUAAUAAUUUUAGUUAACGUUUAAUUCCUCUUCGCUUUUUUUUUCCUUCUUCGAAUCUGUUUCAGCUGUCGGAUUGCUGGUUUUCUGUUUGUUUCGAGGGAUUUUCGGCUAUUUCAGAUCUAUUUACGAGUAUUUGUAACCAAAAGCGUUGAGUCUUUUUCUGAAGGGUUGUUUACGAUCGACAUACUCAAAGAUCUUUUGCUGCUCUCUUUUAAUUGAUGGACAUUUGUUCUGCUAAUUACAAGUCGGACUUCGGAAGUGUAAGAGGCUUUUGUGAGUCAUCGAAGGAGACUCCUGGUUGUGCUUCUGGCAAUCCAGGAGGUCCUUAUGUUAAUGAUCUUGGGCACCAUCUCUCUGAAUCUUUGAAUAUUGAGGAUGGUGAAGACUUGAUUGAUAAGGACAAUUCCAACACAUUGGAGGAAGAUGGAAGUGAAGAUAUUGAUGCAAAUGGCACUGGCAUUGUGGACUCGGAAAAAGGCUUGAUCAAGUCUGCAACAUUUCCAUGCUCUAGUAUGAGCACUCCCCCUUCUGAGUUGGUUUAUGGGCAGAAGGAGCAGGAAGUUGAUGCUAACUCAACUGACUUGCCUUAUUCACGUUCCAUAUCUUUGCCUACAACUUUGAAGCUUGUAUCUGCCAUUAAAGGUAGCCGGGAGAAACAAGGCAAAUCACCCAGGAAGCUGUCUGUGACAUGGGCUCCCGAUGUGUAUGACCCUAUUCCAACAGCAGUUUCGCAUGUGCCAAACAAGGGACAACGCCACAGGAGUGACAACAAGAGGAGUGGGAAGAAUAAGCAGAAAAGCAAUGGCAAAUCUUCACGAGCGAGCAAGAGUAAAGACAAGAAACAAGGUCGCAAGCAUGGUGGGAGUGCCAAGAGGAGUUAUCAUCAUCUAGAGGAUAGCCACAUUACGACUUGUUCUGGCUUCCAUUCUUUGGGGGAUAAUAUAACUGCUCAUUCUAGUGGGCUGCAGCCUAGCACUGUUGAUUAUGAUAUUGGCAACACUCCGGAUCCAUUCUGUGGGAGUAGUUUUCUCAAGAAAUCUGUCACAAAGUUGCAUUUUCCAGUUGCAGAAGCUUCCUGAGCUUCCUUUUUGAUUGUGGUGUGAGCUGUUGAUUGUUCCAUCUAGUUCUGUAAAUAAAUAAGUAUGAUGCUUAACUGAGUUGUGGAAUUCGUUAUGACUGUUGUUAUUGGCAUUUUUGUACCAAGUUUUAAAACUUUUGCGCCGUUGGUGAGUGAAUGGAUGACUCUUUUUUGCUUUGCUGUA